GCGGGGCCAGGCGCUGGAGCGGCGCAGCGAGGCUCGGCCCCGGAGCGGAUGGCGCUGAGCGGAGCGCUGAGGCUGCCGCCUCGCUGCAGGUGGGCACAGCGCCUGAGCUCCGCAGCCUGGGGGGAUACCAUCUUCGCCCUCUCCUCGGGACAUGGCCGCUGCGGGGUGGCCGUCAUCCGUGCCAGCGGGCCGGGCAGCCGCGGGGCACUGCAGAGCCUCACCGGGCGGCCCGAGCUGCCCCCGCCCCGCGUCCUGGCCCUGCGGCGCAUCCGCGACCCAACCACCGCCGAGACCCUCGACCGCGGCCUCGUCGUCUGGUUUCCAGGUCCCCAUAGCUUCACCGGGGAGGACUGUGCCGAGCUGCACGUUCACGGCGGGCCGGCGGUGGUGAGCGGGGUGCUGCGGGCGCUGGGGCGCUUGCCCGGGCUCCGUGCCGCCGAGCCCGGGGAGUUCACUCGCCGAGCGUUCCGUCGGGGCAAGCUGGACCUGACGGCGGCAGAGGGGCUGGGGGACCUGAUCCGAGCCGAGACGGAGGCGCAGCGGCGGCAGGCGCUGAGGCAGAUGGAGGGGGAGCUGGGGCAGCUCUACCGGCGCUGGAGCGAGACCCUUACCCAGGCUCUUGCCCACCUUGAAGCCUACAUCGACUUCAGCGAGGAUGACAACGUGGAGGAAGAGGUCUUGUCCCAAGGUGAGGGCCGGUGGGGUGGCCGGGAGGGGUCUGGGGCACCCCAUCCUUGCUGUGCCCCCACCCCCGACAUUGCCACGCCUUUGCUUACAGCGGACGCCACCGUGCGGGCGCUGGAGAAGGAGAUCGGUGCCCACCUGCAGGAUGGGCGCCGUGGGGAGCUGCUCCGGGGGGGGGUCCAUGCUGUCAUCGCUGGCCCCCCCAACGUGGGCAAGAGCAGCCUGCUCAACCUGCUGUGCCAGCGCCCGGCAGCCAUCGUGUCACCAGUGGCAGGGACAACGCGGGACGUGGUGGAGGUGGCCCUGAACGUGGAGGGGUACCCACUGGUGCUGAGUGACACAGCUGGGCUGCGCCACGCCACGGACCCUGUGGAGCAGGAGGGGGUCAGCCGGGCACGGGACCGGCUGCAGCAAGCGGACUUGGUGCUGGCUGUGCUGGAUGCCACUGUGGUGCCCAGCGAGCCAACGGGGCUGGGGGAUGCCCUGGGGUCCAUUUUGCCCCCCACUGCCUGCCCCUGCAUCCUGGUGCUCAACAAAUCUGAUCUCCUGCGGGGAGCUGAGGGGGCCCUGCGUGCCACCUGUGCCCAGGAGGACUCGAUGCCCCCCAUCACCCUCCUGUCCUGCAAGACGGGCGAGGGGCUUGACCGCCUCCUGCAGCUGCUGGCACAGCAGCUGGCACAGCUGUGUGGAGACCCCCUGGCGGGCACACCCAGCCUGACACAGAGCAGGCACAGCCUUCACCUGGGCGACUGCGCCGCGGCCCUGGCACAGUACCGCCAGCAGCGCGGUCGGGACCUGGCGCUGGCAGCCGAGCAGCUGCGGUUGGCACGGCGGCACCUGGGCCGCAUCACCGGGCAGGUGGGCGCCGAGGACGUCCUGGACAUCAUCUUCAGGGACUUCUGCAUCGGCAAGUGAGGGGCACGAGAAGGAGGUGCCCUGGUUGUGGUGGUGGUGGUGGUGCCACCAGCGAUCGAGGACCUUUGGCAGGAGGACACUUGGCUUGGUGCUUGGCAUUAAACCGUGGUGCCUUUUUGGUGGC